AUGCACAGCGAGCGCACCUAUAGGAAAUUAAGAACCGGUCCCGCACUCCAAUCGACCUGGCGACAUGGCGGCGACACUCCGGUGCCGAUAAGAAUUCGAUUCGAAAGCGGCAAUCCACCACAGCGAUUAAUUUACUGCUGCUUUCUCCAGCCUCUUGGUAAAACUCGCCCGAACCCAAGCCGACAGCCGAGGUUCGACUUCGACUUGAUAAAUAUGCAGGCAUGCGGCGACCGCGUGUCGACUCCGCUUAGCGCUCAAAUGUUCAAGCGUCGCGGCGAUAACCCGCGCGAUAGCCCGGCGACCCUUCUAGAGCAAAAACAAUGCGAUACUGAC